AUGGCUGAGCCAUCUCUUGUAGAUCUGGCCGACCAGAUCGUCAAGAGCGCUACAAAACUCCAGCAGCAACUGAAGGAUCUCUCGGCUCCCCAGCCUAGUUUUGAAGCCGGCGGUCCCAAAGGCUACCCGACCGAUCCAGCUAUCUACGAGACCCGGGAUGCCCUCAUUGACGCCAGCAAAGCAAUGCUGGACCUCGCCCGAGGGCCAACGGAACACAUCAAAUCCAUCCUCGGAAUUGAACGGCUCAACCUCGGGGUCCUGAGAACGGUGGACCAUUUCAAUAUCGCCGAGAUCGUUCCUCAUCAGGGCUCGAUCUCCUUUCCCGAGCUCUCUGCCCGGCUGAAGGUUGAUCAGCCACUUCUGGAACGCUUUAUGAAAUAUGCAUUCACCAUGAGGCUCUUUAGAAUGACGGACGACGGGCGGAUUGCCCAUACCUCCUUCUCAGAAGCUCUGCCUUCGCUGUCACCCUGGACCCGCCUCGUUACCCACGAAUUGUUCGCUCGCAGCGUUUCCAAGUUUCCCGAGUCCCUGGAGGUGUGGAGCGAUGAACCAGCUGGCACAGACAGCCAACGUCAGCAGGUACCCUUCACGCUCGCUCACGGGAUGGACUCCAAAGUGUGGAGCAUGCUGGGCUCUGAGAUUGGCAUGGACGCAUUUAGUGCCGCAAUGGAAAGCUACGCCAACUCGGUCCAAGGUCUGUUCAUGAAACAACUGGCACAUGGAUACGACUGGGCCAGCCUCGAAACCGGGCCAGUGGUCGACGUCGGCGGAGGGAAUGGCUACGUGGACGUCGCGAUGGCCAAGAAAUUCCCGAAUGUGCAUUUCACCGUCCAAGACCAGGUGUCAAACGAAGCAGUCGCGAACCGUCUGAUCCCAGCUGACCUGAAAGACCGCAUCAACUUUCAAGUCCAGGACUUCUUCUCGCCGCAGCCUUGCGAUCUGGUCCCGAAGGCUUACCUCGUGAAGUCCGUCCUGCACGACUGGCCUGACGCCGACUGUAUCAGAAUUUUGCAGACUUUGACGCCGGCGAUGGAAAAGUAUGGCACGAAACUGUUCAUCGUUGACAGAGCGUUGCCAUCAAAGCCGGGUGAGAUCGCCAUGCAUGCCGAGGCGCUAGCGAGGGGCGCGGAUCUAAAUAUGUUCAGCUUAUUCGGAGCGAAGGAGAGGAGUCGGUCGGAGUGGGAGAGACUGAUUGAGGGGGUACAUCCUAGAUUGAGGAUAAUGAAGUGUGAAGUGCCUAAUGGCAUGGUGUGGGCGCUGCUGACGAUUGAGAUGGUGUGA